AUGCUUGAGCCAUCCGUACGAUAUGUACAAGUUAUAAGAGACCCUACGAUAUGGGGACGGGAAGCAGAAGAAUUUAAACCAGAGAGGCACUUAGAUUCAUCUUUGGACUAUCGUGGAAAAGAUUUGAACUACAUUCCAUUCAGAUUAGGAAAAAGGAUUUGUCCGGGAAUAAAAUUUGCUUUGGGUUUGGCAGAAGGGGCAUUAGCCAACCUUGUAGCCCAAUUUGACUGGACGGGAGAAGUUAAACCACCGGGAGAUCAAUCUGAUCUAGUUGAAGCCACUGGUAUCGAUGUUUGCCGCAAGUUCCCCCUUAUUGCAUUUCCAUAUUUGGUUGUUUAA